AAAUAUCAAUCUGCCAUUGAUAGGCUAAAUCCUUAUACCAAGACCAGGUGGUGCAUCACCUUUGCAUUCUUUGCACUAUAUGCCUUCCGGAUUUACUCCAUCCAGGUAUCUGGACUUUGGUUUCCUAAUUAUAAGGGGUUCCAUAUUAUUAGUUAUGCUCUUGCCAUAUACAUUCUGAGUCUAUUCAUACAUUCUAUAUCGCCACAAGUGGAUCCAGAAUUUGCGGAUAUGCUUGGUACAGUAGCUAAGAUGAAACACCGACACUUCCAAGAACGGAGGCCGAUGAAUUUCGGCCCUUUAUUCCACGAUUAUUGGAGGCGAAGUUUUGGUAAUUCAGUCUUUGUGUGCCAUAAUGUGACUCAUGCUCCGUUGACCUUUGCUUUUUGCCUAAAAUUCGUACUAUGCCACACGAGCAAUAACCAUAAGUCUUCUGUGCACCUUCUUUCCUUUUCUCGAUAUUCCGGUCUUCUGGCCAAUUCUCGUGGUGUAUUUCAUCCUUCUUUUCACCGUUAUGAUGAAAAGGCAGAUAAAGGUAUGCUUUUCCUUUUUACUUAUAUUCGUGCGUUUGCCUUUGCAUAUUGGUUUAUGUCUGGACUUCCCAGAGGCCACUUUAGAAGCGCGGUACUAAUUGUGAAAAGUACAUGGUUUUGUUGUCUUUUUUGA